GUCGGAUUGGCCAGUAAACAAACAAAAAAUUAAAAAAAAUUAUAGACCACCAAACAGGUGUAUCGCUUAUCCUCUCCGCUUUUCUUGUUUCAAUAAAAAUGUCCUCCCCACUCAUCGUGAAAGCUGGUGCGGCCGCAGCUCGUUCAUUCAUUCGACCUGCCGUCGCUCUCCGUUACGCUUCCAGCCAAAGCAAAGCCGUGACUCACGCCGAUAACCAACCUGUUGUCAGCGUCGACGCCGUUUCCGGAGCUCCUGAGGAACUCCUUGAACGUUCCGUCCGCAUCUUCAGCCCCUCCAAAACCGCUACUCAAAGCGGCAAAAACGGCACAAGACACUGGCGUAUCGAUUUCGACAUCUUGGAAGAGGGUAACCGUUGGGAAAAUCCUCUCAUUGGUUGGGCUUCAAGUGCCGAUUAUCAGCAAGCUCUUGCCAUCAAAUUCACAUCCAAAGAAUCGGCCAUUCGUUUCGCUGAAAAGCAAGGCUGGAACUACUAUGUCCAAGAACCGAAGGCCGUCAAGUGGGUCAAGAAGGCAUACGCAGAUAACUACAAAUAUUCUCCCGGUCCCUUGAGAAUGAUCAAGACCAAAUAAACCCCUCCGCCCACAACUGUCAGAAAAAAAAAGAGUUAGAGUUUUCAUGAGACGCACAACGAAUAUACACACACAAUAUAUUAUUCAACGUCGCCUAUCGAGUCCAUUCAUCAUGAAUAUUUUGGAUGAUUUUGAGACGGAGCGAAACAGGUGCAAGAGACAAGUUUUUUUUCUGGUCAUGGCGGACAAACUGCAUUUUAUGUCGAAUGGAUUCGGGGAUGGAGGCAAGAACAUGUGGUUGAUUUCGUAGCGG